AUGGCGAAAAGAAGUCGUUUAUCAGAUUCGGAGACCGAGAAGCUGCAUUUAGAAAGUGGCGAUAAUUUCAGUGACAGUUCUGAAAGUUUUCAAGAUACAGAUGUUGAGGCUAGUGAAAGUGACUUCGAUUCAGAAACAUCUGACGACGAGGCACUACUACAGCAGACUGUACCUAGUGAAUUUGUGCAUGAUAGUUCAGUUCCUGAACAGACGAACUUAUAUGCAGAACAGUUCAUAGCUUAUCAUCCCAAUUUAGCAGCACACUCCAGGGUUCACAGUUGGCAGAAUACUACACGUGACGAGGUAAAAAUACUUACUGGAAUGCUUGUACUUCAAGGAAUUCUUCACAAACCAGACCACAAAUUCUACUUUUCAAAGAGGGAAUCAGUUGACACACCUUUCUUCAGGAAAGUGAUGAGUGAAAAGGGGUUUCAUCUUCUAUUGAAAUUCCUCCACUUUGCUGACAGUACCUCAUAUGAUCCACUAGGCACUAUCAGCAGAAAACAAUUCGAAAUUCACCCCAUUAGGGAGCGUCUGCGGCGUAAAUUCAGAUCAGUGUACAAGCAAGAAAGGAACAUCACCGUUGACGAAUCGUUGUUGCUCUGGAAAGGACAGCUUCGAUGGAAGCAGUUAUGGAGGUGUAAGGAGCCUCCAUGGAAGCAAUAUAUUCCAUCAAAGCGUAGCAGAUUUGGUAUCAAAUUGCGCGAAUUCUGUGAAAGCAGUUCCGGGUAUGUAGGGGACUUUAUUGUUUACACUGGAAAGGACACUAAUUAUGGUAGCCACUAUCCAGACGAAAAAAUAACCUCCCGGAUUGUUUUGGAGCUUGCACACGAUUUACUCGGGAAAGGCCACUGUAUUUAUCUUGACAACUGGUACACCAGUACAGAUUUGGUGGACAAACUAACCAGCAAUAACACCGAUGUUGUCGGCACACUGCGGCAAGACAGGAAGGGCUUCCUUGACUUCGUAAAAAAGGAAAAACUGAAGAAAGGGGAGUACAUAACAGGGUACAAAGGCAAGCAGAUGGUAAUGACAUGGAAAGACAAAAGAGACGUUGUUAUGGUCAGCACCUUCCAUGACGAUACAUUUGUAAAUGUAAACUCGAAGAAGGGAAUCGUUCAAAAGCCACAAGUUGUCGAUGACUACAACAAGAAUAUGGAGGGCGGGGAUAGGUGCGAUUCUCAGUUACAAAGCUACCAGAUGGCCAUAAGCAGGCUGAAAAAACACUAUCAGAAGCUUUUCCGCCACUUGUUGGACAUUGUAUGCUACAAUGCAUACAUUCUGUACAAGAUGCAUGGUGGCGAACAAAGUAGAAUGAGCUUCCUGAUUAGUCUUGGUGAACAGUUGACCAUAUCUUCACCACAUCAAGAGACGUCAGUAGGACGCCCACCUCGAACACCAAAGGCAACACGCCUUACAGCCAGGCAUUUUCCAGACCUUCUGCCACCCACAACGAAGAAAAGACCAACAAGGAGGUGUGUGGUGUGUACGAGAAAAUGCCUUCGCAAAGAGACUUCAUACUGGUGCGCAGAAUGCGAAGUUUCCUUGUGUGCCGCACCUUGUUUUAAAUUGUUUCACACUGAAAAUGAUAUGUAA